GUUUCUCCAAUUUUCUCAAUCACUUCUGACUUCUCAACGCCUGCUUCGCUAGUCAGCGGUUUCAGCAGAAGACUUUAGUAUCAGUCGGACGAAUUUCUUUGACUUUACUUUGACAACGCUGUUUUCCAGCUGAAUUUCUAAUUGGUUGUGUGUAAUUAAAACUCAAGAACCAAGAUGAUUUCAUUCCGUACAAGUUUGAUUGUUUUAGUGGCUCUGGUUGUUGCCUGUAUCAGUGCACCCGUCCCAUCAAAUCAAGGGGAUGAAGUACAAAUUUCAAUUGAGAUUGCAGGAGGACCAGUGGAAGGACAACCUAUCUAUGUUAUAGAGGGAGAGACAGGAGUGGAGGAAGCACCAGAAGAGGAAGCACCAGUAGAGGAAGCACCAGUGGAAGAAGCACCUGUGGAAGAAGCACCUGUGGAAGAAGCACCUGUGGAAGAAGCACCUGUGGAAGAAGCACCUGUGGAAGAAGCACCUGUGGAAGAGGAGGCAUCCGUGGAAGAGGCGGCAUCCGAGGAAGAGGCAGCAGAAGAAAUAUCUGAGGAAGUGAAAGAAGCUGAAGAGGUAGUAGAGGAAGCAGAAAAGGUAGUAGAGGAAGCUGAAGAGUUAGCAGAGGAAGCUGUUGAAGUGGAAGAGGAAACAGCAGAAGAGGUAGCUGAGGAAGUGGAGGCAGCAGUGGAAGAAGCAGAAGAGGUAGUAGAGGAAGCUGAAGAGGUAGUAGAAGAAGCUGAAGAGGCAUUGGAGGAGGCUAAAGAGGCUGUAGAAAAGGCAGAAGAAGCAGUCACUCAAUUGAUGACACUAGGGGAGACAGAACAAGAACAAGAACAAGUUGUUGUCGAAAUCGAAGUUGAAGAAACAGAUGAGACUAUUGAAGAACCAGCCAAGGAGCCAGCAAAAGAAGAACCAGUCUUAGAAGAGACAGAAGAAGAGGAGCCAGCCCAAGAAGAGGAGCCAGCCCAAGAAGAGGAGCCAGCCCAAGAAGAGGAGCCAGCCCAAGAAGAGGAACCAGCCCAAGAAGAGGAGCCAGCCCAAGAAGAGGAACCAGUCCAAGAAGAGGAACCAGUCCAAGAAGAGACAGCAGCAGAAAAGCCAGCCCAAGAGGAACCAGCCCAAGAGGAGCUAUCCCAAGAAGAGACAGAAGAAGAGAGCUCAUCCCAAGAAGAAACACCAAAAGAAAUACAACCACCAGCAGCACACAUUGUGAUUGAGAUCAAUGUUGAAACAGGAAAAGCUGAGAGGAAAUAAAUUGAACUUUAAUAUACAAGGAUGAUAUAAUGAUGUUUUCUUAUACAUAUCAGCAAUUUUGAUCAAUAUCAAAACAUAUAAACUGUAUAAAACCAACAUCAGUAUAUCAUUCCCGGAGAAUUUUUAAAUUAUUUCCAAGCAAGUAGGAUUAUUAUCAAUAGCAGCUACAAGCACAUUGACCAUCUCAUAAUCACUAUGGGAGGAGGUAGCUAUAAAGAACCUUUUGAAUGCCAAGUCAACUUUUGUCACCUUCAUAAAAUGAAUCAACUUAAUUUUUUUUCAAAGAUGUUAAAUCAACUUAUUGUAGGAAAAAACAUAUUGCAGUAGAAUUUUGAUGAAUAAAAAGAUGGCAUUCGAAGGUAGAUGCAAAUAGGAAGAUAUGCAAUUAGAAAAAAAUUCAAAUUGACCAUGAUGCAAUAUUUUAAAUUUGACACCAAGCCUAACAUGACCUAAAGUUAAUCAACUCUGAAAUCGAGCAAUGUAAAACAAAAAAGUCUUUCAAAAAUGGGUGAAAAUUGUAACACUUGUUUUGUAACUUGAUUUCACAGUAAAUUUAACUUGGAUUUGUAACACUUUCAUAUUUUUUUUUUAAUUUCAUGUUUUUGACAUAGAAGGUAAAAUACUUUCUGAAUUAGGAAUGGAUCACAUUUGUAUAGACUACUUGCAAUAUUUUCACUUCAUUGAUACCUCUAUUUAGUGAGUAUCUUUACAUUAAUCAAAUUUACAACAGACCAUUUUAAUUUUACAGCGAUCAGGUUGCUGGAAGUGGAUAUAAUACGAGUCUCAGAGUACAAUCAGGUGAAAUCCUAGUACUUUUUUUUUUUCAAAAAGCAAUUUUGACAAGGGUCUUGCCAUUUUCAAUCUUGACAGAUAGAAAUUUAUUUUUUACACUUUGAGUGAUUGGGGCGGGGGAUGAUUAAUUUGGCAAAUGGACCUGUUUAUAAUUGUUGUUAUUCUUUGGACUAAUUAAAUAUGCUUCUGCUUUUAUAACUUCA